AUGUCUUAUUCGACACUGGCAGUUCGCUAUUUUACAGCCCCCGAACCACUUGGGCAUGCAAUGGACUCCCGCAAGCCUGUCACCUCGGAGCCUCAGGCUCAAACGGUCAUGAAGCCGAACGCGUCUCCAGAAAAGCCCAAGAGCGAGGUCGCUGAGUCGCACAAAGCUACCACGCAUGGGUUGACCUUUGCGAACCAGGAUUCCCUGCCUAAAUUGCCUAUUCCUGAGUUGGAGGAUACUUGCAAAAGGCAUUUGGAGAGUCUGGUUGCGCUGCAAACCCCGCGCGAGCAUAAAGAUACCAAAGCGGCUGUCGAAGAAUUCCUCAAAACGGACGGCCCUGCUCUGCAAGAGAAGCUUAAAGCAUAUGCUUCCUCAAAAACCAGUUACAUCGAGCAGUUCUGGUACGAUUCUUACUUGAAUUUCGACAAUCCUGUUGUCUUGAAUCUUAACCCCUUCUUCUUAUUAGAAGAUGACCCUACUCCUGCUCGUAACGACCAAGUCACUCGAGCAGCAUCGCUGGUAGUGUCUGCUCUAUCCUUCGUGCGUGCGGUUAGACGAGAGGAGCUACCCCCUGACACUGUCCGUGGAACCCCUCUUUGCAUGUAUCAAUAUUCAAGGCUAUUUGGUACCGCACGUUUGCCCACCGACAAUGGCUGCGUUAUCAGCCAAGACCCUGUGGCUAAGCACAUCGUUGUGCUGUGUCGAGGCCAGUUCUACUGGUUUGAUGUAUUGGAUGAUAACAACGAUCACAUUAUGACCGAGAAGGACAUAUCCCUCAAUUUGCGGGUUAUCAUCGAUGACGCUGCCCAGACGCCGAUCCAGGAGGCCGCGAAGGGUGCUCUGGGGGUUCUCAGUACAGAGAACCGCAAAGUCUGGUCAAGCCUUCGAGAAAUUAUGACGAAGGAUCCGGCGUCCAACAAUGCCGAGUGCCUCAACAUCGUUGACACUGCUCUCUUCGUACUUUCUCUGGAUGAUACCGAGCCUACUAGCACAUCUGAGCUUUGUGCGAACAUGCUCUGCGGCACCAGCGAGGUGAUUAAGGGUGUGCAGGUCGGGACAUGCACGAACAGAUGGUACGACAAAUUGCAGAUCAUUGUUUGCAAAAACGGCAGUGCUGGUAUCAACUUUGAACACACGGGUGUAGACGGACACACUGUUCUCCGCUUCGCCAGUGAUGUCUAUACCGACACCAUUCUCCGCUUCGCAAAGACCAUCAACGGCCAAGCCCCUACUCUAUGGACCACCUCCAGCCCUGACCCAGCAAAGCGCGACCCCAGCAGCUUCGGCAACGUCAGCACGACUCCCCGCAAGCUGGAGUGGGACAUGAUGCCUGAGCUCACAAUCGCCCUCCGCUUCGCCGAGUCUCACCUCUCAGAUCUCCUCCACCAGUACGAGUUUCAAGUCCUAGAUUUUGAAGGCUACGGCAAGAACUUCAUCACAUCCAUGGGCUUCUCGCCAGAUGCCUUCAUUCAAAUGGCCUUUCAAGCCGCCUACUAUGGACUCUACGGUCAACUCGAGAACACCUACGAGCCGGCUAUGACCAAGGCUUACCUUCAUGGCCGCACCGAAGCCAUCCGUACUGUCACCCCCGAGGUAGUCUCCUUUGUCCGCACCUUCUGGGGAGAGAACCCCGCCGAGUCAAAGAUCGAGGCCCUGCGCACAGCAGCCCAGCGCCACACGGCAAUCACAAAGGAACGCUCCAAAGGCCAGGGCCACGACCGCCACCUGUACGCUCUGUACUGCUUGUGGCAGCGCUCCUUCGAUGAAGGCGCAUACCAGGAUUCCAGCUCAACAGGUGGCUACUCUAGUCCCAGCGAGAGCGUGGACUCGCCCAAGCUCUCUGAUGCCUCGGAUGACGGGUUCUCGUCCCCAGCCAGUCCUGGCAGCUUCCGUGGUGUGCGGGUGCCAGCUGCACCGCCUACACCGGCAAUCUUUGCAGAUCCGGGCUGGGACAAGAUUAAUAGCACGGUGCUGUCGACGUCGAAUUGCGGAAACCCGUGCCUGCGGCAUUUCGGUUUCGGGCCUACCAGUGCCGACGGCUUUGGUAUCGGGUAUAUUAUCAAGGAUGAGUCUAUCUCGUUCUGCGCAUCAUCGAAGCAUCGCCAGACGGCCCGCUUGAUGCAGUCGCUUGAGUCUUAUCUGUUGGAGAUUAGAAAGCUGCUGCGCGCGACCAGCGGGAAGACGGCUAGUCCGCGGACAAGCCGUGCGAGGGAAACAGAGGCCAUUGCCGAGAGACUCCAGAUGAGUCACCGGAGGGGCCGGAUUGUUCGAGGAGAUGGUCGUGGUGCUGAGACGCCGACUACGACGGAUGGUGGGGAUUUGGAAGAUGACGGCAUGGGUGGAUAUGGAUUCUUUGAUGCCGGAAUGCUUCUCCACGCGCUCAAGGGCGUAGAUGCAGAGCGCGAACAGCGCGGCGAGAAACCGGCGAAACGGAGAUUCGUGGGGAAGAAGCUCCAUCUAAACGAAUAUUGA